AUGGGGGGCAGGGGCGAGCUGUGCUCUGUUUCUGUUUGCCCUGAGGAGAAGAGUAAAUUUGAUGGGAUUUUCGAAAGUUUGGCUCCAGUCAAUGGCCUACUGUCAGGAGAGAAGGUCAAACCAGUCCUAAUCAACUCCAAGCUACCUCUGGAUGUCCUUGGGAAGGUUUGGGACCUGAGUGACAUAGACAAAGAUGGCCAUCUAGACAAAGAUGAGUUUGCAGUGGCCAUGCACCUGGUAUACCGGGCCCUGGAGAAGGAGCCUGUUCCUGCACUCCUCCCCUCUGCCCUCGUCCCUCCAUCAAAGAGAAAGAAGAGUCUCGGCUCCGUGUCCGGCUCCGUGCCUGGACUGCCUGCAAGCCCCCCACCACCAAAAGACUCUCUGCGCUCCACCCCUUCCCACGGUAGCAUGAACUCACUCAACAGCACCGGCAGCCUGUCGCCCAAACACACGCUCAAGUCUGGACAGGUAAGAGUACACCAGUGAGCAUGUCUGGCACAGCUGACCCCUCCAAACCGUGUGACCCCUUCCAGCCAUUCAGCAGCGAAGCCAUUGACCCGUUUCAGGUUAAAAAGGGCCCAGGAGACCCGUUCAGUGGCAAAGACCCUUUUGCGCCAUCCUCAGCAUCAAGACCUGAUAAAGUCAAGUUUGGGAAUGAGGCCCAGCAGUUGGAGUGGGCUAAGCGAGAGAGCGAGCGGGCAGAGCGUGAGCGGCUGAAGAGGCUAAGACAGCAGGAGCAGGAGGACCUGGAGCUGGCCAUCGCCCUCAGCAAGGCCGAGAUGUCCAACGCAUGACCUGGAACCCCCAACAAACACAGAUACAGAUACAUAGACACAUACACACACAAACAAACACAGCGGGUAGACAGGCUAACAUGCAGACAAACAUCUAAAUAUUCAGACACAAAGCACAUCACUGGACAAACUCCUGAGUGUUCAUACAAACUCUGGUACACACACAC